UGAGAGCGGAGGGGCAAACUUAGUCGGGGGUUGUAGUUGGAUCUAACUCUUCUUAACUCCAGUAGUCUUACUGCUGAGCUCAAAACGCUUUUUAACAUGGGAACUGAAACUAACAAAGAUGAUCGUAACUCACCCGAGUAUUUACAACAGCUACUAAAAGACAAGAAGCAAAUCCAAGCAUUUCCAAAUGUGUUUGUUCACUUGGAACGACUGUUGGACGAUGAAAUCAACAGAGUACGCAUCACACUAUUUCACAACAAAGGCUCUGAUCGACCCUUGUUAAGUUUACCAGACCCAGUAGGACCCACGAUAACCCUGUCAGAAAAAGUCUUCGUUCCUGUGAAAGAAUUUCCUGAUUUUAAUUUUGUCGGACGAAUAUUGGGUCCUCGUGGCAUGACAGCUAAAGACUUGGAACACUACACUGGUUGUAAAGUUAUGGUUAGAGGGAAAGGCUCAAUGAGAGACAAGAAGAAGGAGGAACUAAACCGUGACAAACCUAACUGGGGGCAUUUGAAUGAAGAACUGCAUGUAUUGAUCACAGUGGAGGACACGCGCAAUAGGGCAGAGGUGAAAUUACAGAAAGCCCUGGAAGAAAUCAAAAAGUUACUGGUACCAGCUGCUGAAGGGGAAGAUAAUUUGAAGAAGCAACAGUUGAUGGAGUUAGCAAUUCUUAAUGGAACCUACAGGGAUGGCAAAGUUCAGCCAAUGCUUCAACCAGCAGCUUUUCAUGCUUUUCAAUCGCCUCGAAUGAUUCCUGCUCAUGCAAUGACCAUUCCACAGAUGCGCUCACCAACGCCAGCGGGGCACCCGAUCAUCCUGACCCCACGAAUACCCACGGCAACACCUCAACAUGGGGGAAUUCUGAGUGGAGGUCCACCACCGCUAGUCUCCCCUUCGGAAGCCGCUGCUGGGUUGAUAUAUACCAAUCCAUUUGAGUACCCGUAUGCGGCGUUCACCUCGCCUGCGGCCACCACUCUCCUGGAGUACCCCACCCUCGAUCAAGCUGCUGCUGGUGGAGUGCCUAAGUUACGGCGGUCAUUAGCUGGAGUCAGAGAGCACCCUUACACCAGGGUAACCACUCUUCCAUAACCUUUUAUUAUGGGAGCUGGCCACUAACAUACUCCCGAAUACUCAGAUCUCCCCAGUCACCUCCGCCGGGCAAUGGGAGCAAAAACCGUGGGUUUGAGGCUCCGCUGUGCACCUACUACAACGUCUGCGUAACCUUGUCCUGCUCCUCAUCAUGUACCUCAGUAUUACAACAUACAACAUGUGGAUGGCCCGAUGACUGCUGCACCGCUGCCACUAAUGAAUGCCCGCCCAGUCUUGAUGGAACGUUCUCCUAAUAACCAUGCCUUUGUCCAGGAAUUGCCUUCAUCAGUAGCUGGCUCCAACUAACUCCACUGUGGGCCUAUAGGUAUUUUGGCAGGGGGUCGCUCACAUCCACAACAAAAGUGCCUGUUAUUGGUUUUGUUCUUUCUUUUUUUUCCUCUCACGGUAUUCGUUUUUAUAUACACAUAUAUAUCUAUAUAUAUGAAGCAGAGAAUUAACAUGUUGUACUAAUUCAUGUUAUGAUGUAUAGUCUACAUGUAUUAUCAUAUUAACUGGUCUGUGUAUUUACAGACCACCUAUUGUAUUGUUUGAUUUCUUGUGGCUGGCUCUGUAGGUUCUUUUCUUAAAAAUUUGAUGACAUAUAUUAUUGUUUUGACUAAUAACUUACCUAGCAGCUCUGUAUGUUUCGGCUAAAUUUCAAAAUAACUUAUGUCCUUUGCAAGACAAUAAUUGUAGUAAUUUGCCAAAAUUAGGCAGCAUCGGCUUUUGUCAUAAUGAGGUUACAAAACCAGUUGUCUCCCCUCUGUUGUAUCGGGGGAGUCUCUGGGCUGGCUGUUUUGGGUGAGGCUUUUGCCUUGUUAGAAUAACAUGUACUGAGUGCCCUAUAACCCUGUACAAAACUGGUAAUACUGGACUGAGUGGUACAUGGUAGUAUACUGACCUGUGGGACCCAUCUGUGAUGUGGGGUAUGUUUGUUUUUAGUGGGGGUUUUCUUUUGUCUUAUUUUCCCCGUAGCCAGCCAAAACCAACCAUCGAAAACUAAAACCUAUUUUUUUUUUUUGACAUAUCCCACCUUCUUAAGGUUUUUAUUUUCCUAAGUUUUCCGAAGCAUAAUGCUCAAUUAUUGUUUGUGUUUAUCAUGUAAAGUUUUCUAUUCAUUGGUGCAUACUUCGCAAAUAAUACUCGCAAGGGUAUCUUUGUACUGAUCAGUUUGCCCUAGCCUUCUUAGUAAGGGUACCGCACUUAACUUUGUCCCAUCAGAGCCCAUAGCUGGUCUCCUGGGAGGCCAGCGGUGGAAACCAGAGACAUAAUUCAUUAUUUGUAUAGUUUUGUAGUUGUUGCAUAUCACAAUCAUGUUUGUAUCAAUUUUUAUGUAGAAGAAUUCAUGUAAAAUACAGUUGAUUUAUGAACACAUGCAUACAUAUAAGGUGUACAUAGAUGUAGAGUAGGUACCAUUAUCUACAGACCAGUCCAUGGACAAUGACCUGUAGUGAGGCAGUACUAGUUAUUCCAUGAGCAUCAUUCAUGAGAUUGAACAUGGCACUAUUACAGUUGCUCCUUUGUACUUGCAUGCACUACCGUUGCUAGUGCUAGUCGGUCAGUAUAUUGUAUUACAUGGCGCUGUGCUUAGUCAGGGUUUCAAGUAAAUGAUUAUUGGCAGUUCCAGGUUUCUUUUAGCACUGGCAGUUCCGGUGUUUUACUGGCACUCGAGAGUCUACCAUUGCCACUUGAAACUUUAGUGUUGGUAGCGGAACUCUGUUGAUAAUUGUGUCGUGCCACACUAUUGCCACUGGAUACGAUAGUAACGUUAAAGGUUGGCUUAAGACCGUGUCAGUAUGGGUUAUUGGCUUAUGCGAGAAGUGUGCUUGGAAUUCUUAACCAUCGAUGUUGCCUGUCUCGAAAAUGUAUGUGUAUUCUGAUGAUUUGGACACCUGUGUGUGACUUUUUUGACAUCUUGUUUCGGAUGUUAAUUUUUCCAUCUAGCAAAACUUAAUUAAAAGAUCUGUCUCUUGAUAUGUGUUAAUGUGAUCUUCUGUUAGUGCUGAUAUUAUCCUGCGAAAUCUCCACAGAGUACACAUCCAUUUUCUGGCUAACUUCUGUGACAGCAGACUUGUCCUGUUUGUACUGUAAAUACGUAUGUAUAAUCAGAUAGAUAUUCAUGUUAGAGUUCAUUUAAAUAAUUACCAUAUCGGUCUUCCAAGAGUUGAAUGGAAGACGAACCCAGAUAUCAAUGCUCAUAGCUAUAUGCAUAUCGGCGAAAGCUGUUGAAUUUUUUGCCUUUUUUUUUUUGUUGUUGAUUUUGUGUAAAACUUGAUAAUUUUUGGACAAGUUUAUGGAUAUUUGUGGGUCUCGGCCACUCCUUAAGCCUUGUGUGGGUGACGGUCAGACCUUGAUAUGCAUUGCUUUUUUUUUCUUCCACAGUAGAGGUGAUAAUGAGGUAACCUUACAGUGCCUUAACAACUGCAUGACCUUCCCCCAUUAAUACAUAAUGCUGCUUGGCCGCAGCGCGUUGGCGUAUUUUUGUACGUUUGAAUACAGAGAGCAUUAUUUUGGUACUGACCUAUUUAGAUUAAUCAGAGUUUUGCAUAUCACUAGUUAACACAUGCAUAAUAACCUAACAGAACUAACGUUCUAUAUUAUAUAUACAUAUAUAUUAUAUACACAUAAUACGACCCACCGGACACUGUUGGAGUAUUUAUGCGUGUUGAGAAUCUCGUUGAAGUGUUUGUACUAAUGGAGGCCAUUACUUACAAGUUUUUCUCUACCGACUUGUUCGACAUUUCUUGAUGGUAGUUCCCUUCAGUGGAUAUCAUGGUUGUAAAUGGACAACGCUCGCACAAAAGCGACGUGCCCUGGUGUAUCUGUGGUUUACAAGGAAAAUAUUUGAAAACCUAACAAUUAUCCAAUGUUAAGACCAAGCAUAUCCAUGCGCCAAUAAGCAACUACCAGUUUCAAGUUACGGGUCGAUGCUUAAACUUGUUGGUAAAGGUCCCUUGUAUCUUCGUUAUACUUAUACUCUUUGGUUUGUUGUCAUACUACAUGAACUGUACUUGCAGUACAGCGGGGCGGAGGCCGGGUGGGGGCACGGGAAUACGAUCCUCAACCCCCCCACAAGGUUCCUGCUCUCCUUGGGCACCAACUGCAUCCUGGCAAUAACUUCAUAACCUCCAGGGGUCUGUGUGUAACUGAUGAUAUACAGAGCAGAGUGAAAUAAACUGAUGGUGUUUGUCGACUAUUUUUGAUUGUCUAUCCUUUUCUAUCAGUUUACUACUAACCCUUCUCUAUGACACGCUCACUCCUAUACUCUGCUUGGGCUUGGAACACGGUGUGACGGUGUGUACCGGAGUGAAGCAGGUGAUACGCACCUGACAAGCGGUUUGCAACAACAACCUUUCCCCAAUAUUAACUACAAUUUACAACAACUGCCUCACCCAGUACUAAUUCUCCUUUACUUGUUAUAGCUUGGUUGAAACAUAACGUGCUUUUUUGUAUUGUUAAUGCCUUCAUCGGCGCCUUGUUGAAAAUCUCAUUAACCCGGAUAAACUUGUCCAAAUAUCACCUCGAUUCAGAGAAAACAUCCCUUUCUUGCCAAAACAAGUUGUUCGUUGAAAAUGUUUGAUAUACUCAUGAUCUUUGUAUUGCUCAAUAUUGUAUGGUUUGUCAAAUAUGAUGCGGUUUUUCUUUACGAGGUAUAUUAUAACUCAGGGGAAAGUUUUCCCCAGUAUUUAUAUUAAAUCCAUGACAGAUUAUACAAAAGCCAUUAACGGUUUGGCGGUGCUUGUGAGAAUUUGCUCAGAGGAUUUUUUUUUCUUUCCACUGUGUGAUUGUUGGUUUCAGAUUUCGGUGGAAGCUCAACAAAAAAGGCUCCACUUAUAUAGGCUACCCGAGCAAAUAUUUUAGAUGGUUACCGUUUGUAAAGUAGCCAGGGACAAAAACCAUCACGCCACGCGUAGAUGUAUGGGUACUUUUUAAGAUGUGGGCAGCUUUUUGCUAUCACCUUAUUUUUUUUUUAAUAAAAUAUGUAUUGGAAAAAAAUAUUAGAGGAACAUAUGUUCUAAAGACUU